CACCAAGAAAUUAACAUAUUUUUCUUUGUAUACAUGUUAAUGCCCACAACCUGUUUGCCGAAAUGUCUGAAAGAAAUGGCGGUUUUUCGUUACUGUCAAUGAGAUUAUUGAUCGGUUUGUUAUCGAUUGGAUUCGCCGUUUUCGUGUUAUCUUGGUUCUUACUCUUGAGUUCUGAUGCCCGGUCUCGUUUCAUUGAUAACAGUCUUUUAUCUCAUUCAAAACAUUACAUUUCAAAUGCUUAUAAUCCGUCGUUAUUAACGCGUCACAAACAACUUAGAGUGUUUAUGUAUGAUUUGCCUUCUGAGUUCCAUUUUGAACUUUUGUAUUGGAAGCCAGAAGGCAUGAGUAUCUGGCCCGAUAUACGUUUGAAAGUGCCUGAAUACCCGGGUGGAUUAAACGUGCAACAUAGCGUAGCGUACUGGCUUACUUUAGACCUUUUAGCGUCGAGAUUUGAUAAUGACGGUGGUAGGAAUGUUAUUAGAGUUUAUAACUCGAGUGAAGCUGAUGUUAUAUUUGUUCCCUUUUUUUCGUCAGUGUGUUUUAAUCGUUUUUCUAGGCUAAACCCACAUCAGAAAACUAAUAGAAAUAAGGAGCUUCAACAUAAGUUGGUUAAGUACUUAAUGGGUCAACCCGAAUGGAAAAGGUCUGGUGGCAUAGACCAUGUAAUAGUGGCUCAUCAUCCGAAUAGUUUACUAGAUGCUAGAAUGCAGCUAUGGCCAGCCAUGUUUGUUCUUUCUGAUUUCGGAAGGUACCCACCAACUAUAGCAAAUAUCGAUAAAGAUGUAAUUGCACCUUACAAGCAUAUCAUCAAAAGCAAUGUCAAUGAUACAUCAAGUUUUGAUUCUCGACCGAUCUUGCUGUUUUUCCAGGGAGCCAUCUACAGAAAAGAUGGCGGCUUUGUUCGUCAAGAAAUCUUUUAUCUGUUACAAAAAGAAAAAGAUGUUCAUUUUAAAUUUGGAAGUGUUCAAAAACAAGGUGUUCCUUCUGCUACUAAAGGAAUGCAGUCAUCAAAGUUUUGUCUAAAUAUAGCAGGAGACACACCAUCAUCAAAUCGCUUGUUUGAUGCCAUUGUUAGUCACUGUGUUCCGGUCAUUAUUAGUGAUGAAAUUGAGCUACCCUUUGAAGAUGUUCUUGAUUACUCAGAGUUUUGCAUUUUCGUCCGAACAGCAGAUGCUUUGAGAGAAAACUUUCUUAUAAAUUUUAUAAGAAGUAUUGGGAAAGAAGAGUGGACUAAGAAAUGGGAAAAGCUCAAAGAAGUUGAACACUUUUUCGAGUAUCAAUACCCCUCUAAGAACAAUGAUGCUGUGCAGAUGAUAUGGCGAGCUGUGUCAGAAAAGGUUCCUGCGAUAAAGAGGAAACUACAUGUUGCUAGACGGUAUUCAAGAUUUGGAAAACCUUCAAGUAAGUCUAGUUUUCUAUUACCAAGAAACUUCAUUUCUUGAUGUACAAGUAUUAUUUGUUGUUAGAAGAUAUAGACAGUGUAAGGAAUGCAGAUAGGAUAUGUAGAAAAAAAUGUUGUUCAUCAGCUCAUGUUCAUCCACAGUUUUGUAAUAUGAUAUGAUCAAUAUUCAAUAGCUACUUUAGGCUUUAA